AUGGCAAAGAAUAGGGGCAAAAACAAGUUCGUUGUUGGCUCCUCUAGUGAGAGAGAGAACGUGCCUUCGGGGAGGUUACCGAAAUCUUCGAGGGGUCGACCUUCGGAGAGGCCGUUGGAGAAGAGUUCGAUUGGUUGGGAUGCUUCCGAAGAUGAACGUGCAACCUCUGGUGAGAGGGCUGGUUUUUCGGGUGUUCGUCGUCGUUACUCCGAGUUUCCAGUUCAUUGGUCGGAAGCUGAUCCGAAGGGCAAGUAUGCCUCAAUUUUGCAUGAGACCACGCAGAUCGACGGUCCGUUGGAGAAAUCGGUCAGCGGUGACUGGUUGGUGGAAGCGAAGUUAGGGAAUUAUCAUCGGAAGGCCGAGGAGCUAUACGGAAUUCAGCAUGCCUUGGGGUACUGGUGCGAGCUUCCUGAACAAGAGCGUCCUCGGGUGACUCAUCCACCGAGGGGGUUCAUUUCCGUGUAUACUCACCAUUUGGAGAAUGGUCUCCGCUUUCCUUUGGAUCCGUUCGUAUCCGAGGUUUUGGUGUCGUACAACAUUAGUUUGGCCCAGCUCACACCCAAAUCUAUGAGGCACAUAAUCGGAUUUAGAUGGGUGUGUGACUUCGUCAAUUUCCCUUGCUCUGUCGCUAUUUUUCGGGAUCUUCACGAUCUGGUUCUCAACCAUGCUUCCAAGGGUGAUGGGUAUGGUUGGUGGACCAUUGUCAACAAGAAGUCCCGAAAGAGGGGGGAUCCGAACUACAUCACGGCGUACCCCUACCUUAGCUCUGACCACAAUUGGAAGACGGAGUGGUUGCUCGUCCGUGUGCCGACGGAUCCGAAGCAUCCCAACUUUUAUCGUCCUCCGAAGUGGUUCGUGGCUCCUGAUCCUGAUAUGAGGGGUGUGGCAGCUCCAGAUCGGAACCAUCGCCACUAUGUGGACCUCCUCCAGUGGUUCUUGGCUCAAGAGGAUAACCACCGACUGCCGUCUAGCUGGCUCCCGAAUCUCAAUUACAUUCUGAGGGAGGACAUUCUUGCUGUUGCCGGUCUCAGCAGGAUUUUUGACAGGGAGUACGGCUUUAGCUGCAUUGAUCCUAAGAAGUUGGGCAUUUCUUUGGAUUUGAAGACUAUUCACGACCCGGCUCCCGAGUACAAGUUCGGAAAAGAUAACCCUCGUAAUCCUCGUCUGAAGGAUUACGUGUUGUCUCCUUUGGGGGUUGCUCGGAUAUCCGAAGUUCGAGCUGAUCCGUGGGAUUCCGCCUCUUCUGUUGAAGCUGUUCCUGUGAAGGUUGUGCUUCCUGAGUUGAAGACGACUUCGGAUCCGGGUCCUGGGACUGACGCUGUGCCGCGUGCCGUUCCUUCGGUUUCAUCUCCGGCUCGGAUAGAUAUCUCUUUAUCUAGGAACCGGGAUCAACGCAAAAGGAAGGGUAGCACUCUUUUGAGGCCUUCCACGCAUCCGAAGAAAGCGAAGGCUUCUCAGCCCUCGGAGAAGGAAGCAGUUUCGGAAGUCAUGCCUCCUCCUAAGAAUCUUCUUCACUUCAUGCCCUUGCCAGGGCAGAAGUUAAAGAGUGUGGUGGUUGCUGAACCGCCGGCCGUGGAUCAGCCGCUGAUCGAGGAAGAUAUCAUCCCUUCUCCCCUUAAACCAUCUGCUGCUUUGGGGAUCGAAAUCCAGGAUAUCACCGAGGUGAUGGAGGCGAUUGAAGCCGAUUUUGUUCCUGGUUCGGAUGUCCCUGAGGUAGCUGGGGAGAAGAAGGAGUCUGCUGAUCUUCCCUUCGAGAGGGAGAAGAGUCCAGACAAGGAGAUGAUAGAUCUCUCGGGCCCCGAAGCUGCGGUCCCCGAGGUUCAGAAGGAGGUUCCCUCUGCUGGAGAGGAGGAGCAGCCCGAGCAAGGUUUGACGAGGAAGAGGCGCCACUCAACUUUGGGUUCUACUUCUACCUCGGCCCUGGAUAGGCUGAUCCAUGCUGAUCCCUGUUCGGAUGUUCCGCUAAAACGGAUCCCCGAAGAAGUAAGGGAGGCGAUGGCUCGAUAUGCCAGGGCUCCGAUUUUUGGAGAGGACCCUUUGGCUCACGUGGGAUCCUUGGUGGGCCCCGAGGCUGCUCGGGAGAAUCUGCUUCGUGCUAACCCGCAGUGGAGGGUUCCUGGGGCCGAAGAGAGGAAUCCGGCAAUGAUGGCCCAGUACUAUCUGAACGAGGCUGUUUUCUGGUCUUCGUUCGCUUCCGAGUGUAGCUCGGUUGAGGAGAAACAACUGAGGAAAUAUCGUGAGGCUUAUGCUCGUGAUAUUCCCAUUUUGGACCAGAAGGCUGGGCAACUCCUCUCCGAGCUUACGGAACUCAAGCAGCUGUACCUUCACUAUAGUCGCGAGGCUAGAGAGUCUGCUGAGAAGAUCGGGACCGAGGUUGGCCAGCUCAUCUUCCGAGUUGAAGAGGAUGCUGAGAAGAUCGCUUCCUUUGCUGAGGAGAAGAAGGAUAUGGCCGCUAAGUUCGCUAGCGAACUUGAGGAAAAAGAUAGACUCUUCCAGGAGAUGAAGUCUAAAUUUGAAGCGGCCGACAAGGAGCGUAAAGAGGCGGAGUUAAGGCUCCACCAUUUUGUCCAGCAUCGGGAGCUGAUCCAGCAGCAAGCUGAUAAGGUGCAUGUCCUUCGGCUGAAGCUUCGGGAAAAAGAUGACUAUAUUCGGAAGCUGGAGCAGGAGCGAGUCAACCUCUACACUGCUGAUCAGUGCUCGUUUGUUAAAAGCUCGGCUUGGCUGGAGCUUGAACUUAAACUUAAACAAGCUACUCGUGAGCUAAGCUCGAACAAUGAAAAAAUUAAACGAGCAAAGCUCGAACAGGAAAAAUAA